AUGGUGGUAGAAACAUUCUUUUUUUUGGAUUUUUCCUGGAGCAGCAUUAGGUUGGUGCUUACACAACUCCACCACCCCAAUCCUGUGCCUCCUGUGAUUGGAUUUUGCAAUGAAGGAAACAAGUUUGUUCUCGAAUAUGAGUACAUGACUGCUGGUUCGCUCCAUGAUCACAUUUAUCACAAGAGGACUAAAGUUGCCUCACUUUUGUAUAAGAGGAAGCUUCAAAUUUACUUGUGCGUGGAACGCGGACUGCACUAUUUUCUUCACACAAGAGUCAAGUAUUUAAUACAUUCUGAAAACAUGUAA